AUGAGAGAAAAAAGAGGGCUUAGUCGAGUUCAAAAAUUAAAAAAGAGACUUAGUUAUAGUUUUGGACGUCUUGGUAAUUGUGUUAUUAAAAGAUUUGGGGGGGUGGAAAAUGGAAAAUGGAAAAAUGAAAACGUUGAACAUAAUCAAGUUGAUGACUCGACCAAUUAUCGUGGUGCCAAACUUUCUUAUGGAGUAAACGGGUAUUCGGAAGAAAUAUUAGAUCGAUUGACACCAAAUGGAAACAUUGCCAAUGAUAAAUACGGUUGGGAUGGACAUCAACAAGUUCACAGACAACUUUCGGUGUCGAGCGAUUCUAAAUUGUUGGACGAGGAUAUACGAGAGGAAACUUGUGUGAUUUUAAGACCUAAAAAACCUCCAAGGCCGAAAUCCGAAGUUUUCCUUAAUAAAGAACAGCAAAGCAAAAGAACCAAAAGAUAUUCUGCUUUUGGUGGAGACUCGCCUUUUGGAAAGUCUGAAGCUUAUAUAAAAUUGGAGCAAUUAGGAGAAGGUUCCUAUGCCACAGUAUUUAAAGGUUUUAGUAACUUGACGAAUCAAGUAGUGGCUUUAAAAGAAAUUAGACUCCAUCAAGCGGAAGGAGCUCCUUUCACGGCAAUAAGGGAGGCUUCACUUCUUAAAGAGCUCAAACACUCCAAUAUAGUCACAUUGCAUGAUAUAGUUCAUGCCAAAGAAACUUUAACAUUUGUAUUCGAAUAUGUCCACACAGAUUUAUCACAGUAUAUGGAAAGACACAGUGGAGGUUUGGAAUACAGAAAUGUCCGAUUAUUUCUUUUUCAAUUACUUCGAGGAUUAUCUUAUUGUCAUCGCCGAAGGGUUUUGCACAGAGAUGUAAAACCUCAAAAUUUGCUUAUAUCAGAAAUAGGAGAACUCAAAUUGGCGGAUUUUGGUUUAGCAAGAGCAAAGUCUGUACCAUCUCACACAUAUUCUCACGAAGUAGUUACGUUAUGGUAUCGUCCUCCUGAUGUACUUUUAGGAUCAACAGAAUAUUCGACUUCUCUCGACAUGUGGGGUGUCGGAUGUAUUUUUGUUGAAAUGAUCACCGGCGUGCCUACUUUUCCUGGAAAUCCGAAUUCGGUUUUAUUCUUACAUUAUUCUUUAUUACAUAUUUUCGGUUACAUUUUUUUUUUUUUUUUACAGUUAAAUCCUGAUGACAGAUUAGGAGCCGAUGAAGCGUUAAAGCAUAAAUAUUUUGCAACACUUCCAAAAAAGUUAUACGAACUCCCCGAUGGUAAGUUUAUUAUUAUUAUUAUUUUUUUUUUUUUUUUUUUACAAUUUUCCUGGAAAAUGGGAAAAGAAAAAAAAAAAAAAAAAAAGGAAAAAAAAUCGUAA